UCAAAAUUUACGUGGAGUGUUGAGUUUGUUGAUAGAUUUAUAAACAGGAUCAAUGCUUAUUUUUUCAGCAUUUAUAGUUGUUUUGUUGUAGAUGUAUGUUAAGUCAGACUAGUUCAUUAGGCUAUAUAAAUGAAGUAUAUGUCGUUACAAAGAAUUUGAAUUUUAUUUAUGAGAGUUUAAAGAAAUAAUUUACAAUGGGAGCUACCAGCAGUAGUUUGAGUGAACUACCUAACAAUGAAUAUCUGAAGCGACUGUCAAGUCAAGAAGCGAUUGAUCCUAUGGAUCCUUUUUGGAAUCAGCUCUUGUCAUUUUCCUUUCAGAUCCCAGUAAACAGUUCUGAUGCCAAGCUACUGGAAGAAUCAACUGAUGUUAUUGCUAGAAACUUUGCCCUCAACAACUGCCACACUGGCAAUUUGCGAGCUCUCAUUCACAACUUCUUAAUUAGAGCUUCAGAGCUAAAGGCUUCAGCUCAAUGUGAAGACAACAUAUUUAUAUGGCAAACCUACAAUGCACUGUUUAUAAUUCGGAGCCUGUGUAAAUACUUUGUGGAACACCUGAGUGAGGAGCUACUGUUGCAUCAGUUUGAUUGUCUUCCACCUAAACCAAAUGGCAGCCCAGCUGAUGAUACUGCAGAAAUUGGUUCACAAGUUGAAGAGUUCAUCAAUUCUUUAGUAGAGCUUGUUGUUGAUGUCCCCAUACUGAGCUGUACCUAUGCCCUCCAUCUGGAGACCUUGAAUACGUUGCUGGCUCUGCUCUCUAUACAAAUGUUCCACUCUAAACCUGCCAGCCAGUUUGUUAUCUACAAGAUUUUAAUGCAGGGGAAAUGUGCCAUCCAUGCCCCAUUAUUAAUUAAAGCCCUAAUGUGGAACUACCUGAACCAAGAGAAGUGCCCACCUGAGCUGUACAAAGGCCAUUCAGAAGAUGGCAGCUUUAUUUACAAUGCCACAGCAGCACUAGCAUCAAGCCUCUGGUCUGUUGUUACACUGGGCAUGGCCAGCAAAGGCAAGAAGGCAGAAGUGGACCAAUCAGAUACACUCUUAGCCAACCAGAGCCUGCUUUUCAUUCUUGUGCUGACCAAUCAUUGUACCUGUGACAAAAGUGUUCCCAAUCCUUACAGACAGGCCUUGUUUUCUUUCACUGAUUCACAAGAUGUAUCGAGCACUACCCCCACCCACAUAGCCUCGACCUUCAAGCUGGACAUGAGCAAGGUGUACAACGUGCUGUGUCAGACCCUCCAUGAUGACCAGACCACCCUCCUGCUCUAUCUGCUGCUCCACCAGAACCCUAACAUGAAGGCCUACAUCCUGUCUCGGACAAACAUUGACAUGCUGGUGAUGCCACUGCUCCAGAUCCUGUACCACACCCAAGAGAGGAGCUCACACCACAUCUACAUGGGGCUCAUCAUUCUCCUGGUGCUCAGUGAGGAUGAAGUCUUCAACAAAGCUGUCCACGAAAUUACUGUCAAGAAUGUCCCAUGGUACAAGGAAAGACAACUCUCAGAAAUAUCAAUUGGUGGGUUGCUGAUCUUGGUUGUCAUACGCACAAUCCAGUACAACAUGACAAGGAUGAGGGACAAGUAUCUCCACACCAACUGUCUGGCUGCCCUAGCCAACAUGUCCGCACAGUUUACACACCUCAACUCUUUUGUUGCACAGAAAAUUAUCAACCUGUUUUCCCAACUCUGUAAACGCCACACCCGGCUUGUCAAUGACAUCCGCGAGUCAGCCAUGAAGAGUCAGUCUAGCGAACAGACAGAUGAACAAACAGACAUAGAGCAGCAGGACUAUCUACAGGACCUGUCAGUGCUGGAGGAAGUCCUGAGAAUGGUGCUAGAGAUCAUCAACUCCUGCCUGAGCUCCAGCCUACAACACAACCCUCAUCUCAUCUACUCCCUGCUCUACCAGAGGUCUCUCUUCACUGCCUUCAGGGGCCACCCAACCUUCCAGGACAUCAUUCAGAACAUUGACACAGUCCUGGCCUACUUCUCCGCCAGGCUAGAGCACCUGGGCCCCAACCCCUCCCCCAGCCAUGUCUUACAGACAAUCAAAGAUGGAAGCCUCACCUUCAAGAAAGAAAAACUCAAGAAAUUUCCAGAAUUGAAGUUUAAAUAUGUUGAAGAAGAGAGUCCGGAAGAAUUCUUCAUUCCCUACGUCUGGUCCCUGGUCUACCACUCGUCUAACAUGUUCUUUAAUGCCAACCGCAUCCUGCUGUUUUCUCUCAACACUGACUCAGAUGUCAAGUACAUUUAACUGUCAUAGAUGUCAGCUGUCAUCUGGCAGUGCUGAGGGGGGUCAGUGAUGUAGGAGACGUCAAACACCAGCCUAAGUCUGCUGUAAUCAAGUUUGGGGUUGAUCAUUUCAUGACUUUUGUAAAGGCUCUUGUUUGGUGUGACUUGGCACAUGACUUUUUUAAUGUUUAGGCUCUUGUUUGGUCUGACUUGGUACAUGACUUUUGUAAUGUUUAGGCUCUUGGUUGGAUGUGGUCUGACUUGGCACAUGACUUUUAUAAUGUUUAGGCUCUUGUUUGGAUGUGGUCUGACUUGGCACAUGACUUUUCUAAUGUUUAGGCUCUUGGUUGGAUGUGGUCUGACUUGGCACAUGACUUUUCUAAUGUUUAGGCUCUUGGUUGGAUGUGGUCUGACUUGGCACAUGACUUUUCUAAUGUUUAGGCUCUUGGUUGGAUGUGGUCUGACUUGUCACAUGACUUUUGUAAUGUUUAGGCUCUUGGUUGGAUGUGGUCUGACUUGGCUCUAUAGAACUGUGUACAUACAAUGUAACAUUUUGUACAAGGAUACAUUAGGAGGGUAUGUCUUAACUUCGCUCUAGAUUUGAGAUCCAAUAUGCUGGUGAGAAAAAUGUGUCUGACUUUUGUUAUGAUGUAAAUGUUGGAUAUUUGUUCUCAAGUAAGAAAUUGUUUAAGUCUUUACUCAAGAUAAAAAAUAAUCUGGGAACUAAACUUAAAUAGGAUGAUCUGUGACUUAAGUAGAUUAACCAUAAAUGUAUUGCCUAUAAAUUGCAUCAAACCAGUUGAAUAAAAUUUUGACCCCUUUUCUCCCCAUUAAAAGAACACAUCAGCAUUCCCACCCCCUAAAGGCAACCAAAAAAAAAUGAGCUGCCUUACUUACUUAGUAUUGUAAGUAAUACCCAGUGUGUGUUGGGUGACAUUCCCUUAACAUCAUCCCUGUGAUGAAGGUGGGGACACCCUUCUCUAAGAACCCCUCCUCUCUAAGUAUGUGACAUCAUUCACCAAUGACGCUUUAGCUUAAAGAAAUCAAUGAAAUUCUAGUAGCAUAAUACAGUAAUAUUCAGGGUGUUUUUACAUAGCUCGUAGUAUGGAAGUGGUUGACAGAAGUACACAAUUCCACACAGACAACCUGGGGUUUUCAUCUAAGCUCUAGCGACAGAGCUAAACAAAUGUGAAGGGUUGUUUGUGGGACUGGGAAAAUGAUGUUUAAACCUUAACCUUAACAACCUUUAUAUAUAUAUA